GGUGGCUGGAAAAGCUCAGGCUGAAUUGGCAGGAAGUGUUCCUAGUUAGGGAUGGGGACACAGGGCCACUACAGGAGAUUCUAAAGACACAUUCCCCCGUUUUUGAUGGAGAACUUGGCAGCAUGAAAGACAUUACAGUUAAGCUGACAGUGAAACCAGGAAGCGUGCCAAAAGCUUUCAAAGCGAGACCUGUUCCAUAUGCCAUAAAACCGAAGGUGGAGGCAGAAUUAGCCAGGUUAGUGAAGAGUGGAGUACUGGAACCAGUGAGCACAAGCGAAUGGGCAACACCGAUUGUUCCAGUCAUGAAAAAGGAUGGAACUCCACGGAUCUGUGGUGACUUUAAAGUCACAUUGAACCCUGUCCUACAUGCUGAGAAGUAUCCCUUGCCCCUUAUUGAGGAGCUUUUUGCAGGCCUAGCUGGAGGCCAGAAGUUUAGUAAGAUAGAUUUAUGUCAAGCCUAUCUACAAAUGCAUGUGGAUUCAGAGUCACAAGAGUUGUUGACUAUAGUGACACACAAAGGCCUGUAUAAGUACCGCAGGCUCCCUUUUGGAAUUACCUCUGCCCCAGCACUGUUCCAAAGAGCCAUGGACCAGAUUCUCAGUGGGAUACCAGGGGUCCAGUGCUAUCUCGAUGAUCUGCUCAUCACGGGACCGGAUGAGCAGUCACACUUGAGGAAUCUGGACAUCACACUGCAAAGAUUGGAGGAAUAUGGCCUGAGAGUUUGGAAGGAUAAGUGUGAGUUUUUCCAGCCUUCUCUUGAAUACCUGGGGCAUGUAAUCGACAGCACAGGACUCCACAAGGCACCAUCAAAAGUGAAGGCUGUUGUAGAGGCUCCAUCUCCGAAGAAUGUAAGUCAGCUAAGGUCAUUCCUGGGCCUCCUAACAUACUAUGCAAAGUUUGUGCCUAACCUUGCAAAUGCAUUGAAGCCUCUGCAUGAACUUCUGAACAAAACUAAGAAAUGGAAGUGGACGUAUAAAUGUGAGACAGCUUUCAAGGAAGUGAAGACAGCGCUGUCACAAUCUGAGGUCCUCACUCAUUUUGACCCCACAUUGCCAAUUCAGCUGGCAUGUGACGCUUCACCUUAUGGUGUGGGGGCAGUAGUGUCACACAUAAUGCCAUCGGGCGAUGAAAGGCCCAUCGCUUUUGCAUCAAGGACAUUGAGUAAAGCAGAAAGCAAUUACGCCCAAAUUGAGCGUGAGGCACUAUCUAUAGUGUUUGGGGUGAAAAGAUUUCACCAGUACCUUUAUGGCAGAAAAUUCCCGCUACUGACUGACCAUCGGCCUCUCACCUCCAUUUUUGGUUCCCAUACUGGCAUUCCAUUGCUUGCUGCCAGCCGUAUGCAACGAUGGGCUCUUUUACUGUCUGCCCACCAGUACGACAUUAAAUAUAGGAAGGCAGAUCAGCAUGGAAAUGCUGAUGGGCUGUCAAGACUUCCACUGCCGGUCACACACAUUGAGCCAAACCAGGCUGAGAUAUUCUACUUCAAGGAAGCGGCUGCUACCCCAGUGACCUCAGCUCAUGUGAAAAGACACACUCGCAAUGACCCAAUCCUGUCUGAAGUUAUGGACAUCAUUGCUUGCGGCAGAAAAGGAGAUAUGACCCAAAGCUUAAAGCCAUAUCUGAUGAGGAGAAAUGAGCUUUCAGUCCAGUCUGGAUGCUUAUUGUGGGGCUAUCGUGUCAUUAUUCCUCCACCAUUAAGAGCAAAAGUGCUUGAUGAGCUUCACUCGGGGCACUGUGGUGUAGUGCGAAUGAAAGAAAUGGCACGCAGCUAUUUCUGGUGGCCAAGCCUGGAUGCAGCUAUAGAAGAAAAAGCCAAGUCAUGCUCUGCCUGCCAGAAACUGAGAAACCUCCCACAGCUGGCUCCCUUGCAUCCGUGGGAUUGGCCUGAGGAACCAUGGCAAAGAGUCCAUGUUGAUUUUGCUGGACCACUGGAGAACCACAUGUUCUUAGUUGUAAUUGAUGCUCAUAGCAAAUGGCCUGAGGUCGCUGUCAUGAAGAGCACCUCGUCAGAGAGAACCAUUGAAGAGUUGAGAUCCAUUUUCAGUCGUAAUGGUCUGCCACAGCAGUUGGUUAGCGACAAUGGUCCACAACUGGUGUCAGAAGAAUUUAAGGCAUUUAUGGAGGAGAAUGGUAUUCAGCACAUCAAGUCUGCGCCCUAUCAUGCGGCUACAAAUGGGCUUGCGGAAAGAUUUGUACAGGCUCUGAAGAAAGCUCUCAAGUCCUCUCCAAGCACGCAAACCCUUAACAGGCGCCUCAAUGCUUUCUUGUUGGCAUAUCGAAACACCCCUCAUGCUACCACUAAGGUGUCCCCUGCCUCAGCGAUGUUCAAGAGACAACUCCGCACUCGACUAGAUCUCCUGAAACCUCUAAAGACAAGAGAGGUUGUGCACCAGCAACAGAAGGCUCAAGUGGAAAGACGGGCAAAUGCAAAAUUGCGGAGCUUCAUGGUAGGAGACCGGGUUCUUGCUAGGAACUACACCAACGAUAUAAAGUGGGUGCCUGCGACCAUUGUUUCCAAAACAGGUCCUGUCUCAUAUACUGUAGAAACCAGUGACCAUCGCAUCUGGAGAAGGCACCUCGACCAACUGCUGCACACUUCUGGGUCUCAUGAUGACUCACGCCAGCCGACAUCUUUUGUUCCGGAGCUGUGUCCUUCCCUGGAGCAGCCUCAAACCCCAGACACGGCUGCUGUUCGAAGUACACCUGGAUUUGCUCCUAGCACACCAGAACCUGCACGAGUACCUGCCUCAGGUUUCACUUCACCCAGACCAGAACCCACACCAUCUACAGUGACCGAAGUGCCUAGAGGUCGUGUUUACCCUCAACGAGAAAGACGACCCCCAGAUAGACUGUCAUUGUAGUCUAGGCGCUGACCCGUGUCAUUGGGGCAGAAUAAUCCCCAGGGUUCAGUUUGGGAUUGAGGUAGUCCACCCUCAUUCUCUAGUUCAGGCAAGUGUUGUAUUUGUUUAAAGUUAUCGUUGAACAGUUUAUAUUUCACAAAAGAGACUAACGUGUAUUUUGAAGUUGGCUUUGAUUUUGUUAUUUUAUUUUUUGUUAAGGGAACCUUAAAAGUAAAAGGGGAGGGAUGUUGUGUAUUAACAGUCCUAGUUUUGUCCCUGCUGAGUUACCGUCAUGCCUCCUGCUCUUGAUGUCACUUCCUGUAUCAUACAGUGUUGUUGUUGACCUGGAGAAUAGUAAAUGUGAAGCUACAGAGCAACCGACGUUUCCGUGUCCUUAUAUUAUUAUUGGUGUAAUGCCCAACCAUAUAUAUGGGUAUAUAACAACUUUCGUUCUUCUUUCCCUUUUAUUUCUCUCCGUUGUCAAGUUUGUUGUAACAGAAAUACACAAGAAAAAAU